AUGACCAAGCUAGCCCUUCACAGUAGCUUUGAGCGCAUAUGGGCGGAGAGCUUCUACCAGAUACCCCACCACUUUCUUUUGUUCAACUUGAAGCACGUCCUUCAUGUUAAGGCGCAUUCUCAACCGGCCGCACCGCACCGCAUCGCACAAUUUUGUUCCGUGAUGCAACUCGAGGUGCACUACGCCCCAUAUCCCACCGGGCAGAUUAAUGAAUUUGAGUCCUGUAACACUGCACCGAGAGCGGACGUAGAUAGCAGGACGCUGCGUGAAAAGAGCAGCUUCUGGCAGGAUGUGCAAGCCGCAUUCGUACAGAGAAGAGUAGAUCCAUCGCUGGUCAAGCCACACUCGUCUAAGAAGCUGUACGACAUGUCGAAAGAGAUUAUUCGACUUUACUUCUCCGCGGAUGAACGAAUUACAGCUUCGGGCCAGAAUGAAAACGACUUUCCAAACUCUGUAAACAAGAACGGAGCUGUCCCUUACCUGCGCAAUGGCUGA